UAUUUAUAUUUGCUGAUCAAACAUCAAAUAAUGCGAAUGCUGUCAGCUGUUGGAAACAUGUUCUAGCUUAAGCCUCAAGUCUGUAUUAUACUCGGACGGAGGUACAAUCAUAGCUACUUGAAUAUCUGGGUUCAGAGAUACUACUAUUCAAAAUGUGUGGAGGUUUUACAUGCUCAAAAAAUGCAUUGAUUGCUUUGAAUAUAAUUUAUAUUCUUGUUUCUUUUAUACUUAUUGGAGUUGCAGCAUACAGUAGAGUUGCAAGCAUUGUUACAAAUCUUGCCAUAGUUGGUGGUAUAAUAGCAUGUGGUGUCUUUCUUUUCCUCUUGUCUUUGAUGGGUCUUAUUGGUGCAAUCAGACAUCAUCAAGUAUUGCUAUUUUUUUAUAUGGUGAUUCUAUUCCUAUUAUUUAUCAUUCAAUUUAGUAUUGCAUGUGCUUGCUUAGCUGUAAGCACUGAUCAGCAGCAUCAGUUAGCAAUGGAAGGUUGGCGAAGAGCUAAGGUCAAUAUCAAGAUCAAAGCACAGACAUUUUUCCAUUGUUAUGGAUUUGAGAAUCAGACAUUGCCUCCUGAAGAUCCUCUUGGUGGUGGCGUUCCUUACCAAAAUAUAACUGGAUGUUCUAUUGAAGGCAUUAAUCAUUGUCCUAAGUGCUGGCAGAUACUGAGGAAUGCAAUAAACAGUAGUCUUAAAAUUAGUGGUGGCAUAGGAUUGUUCUUUAGCUUUACAGAGUUUGUUGGUGUAUGGUUGACUGUUCGAUAUCGCAACCAGAGAGAUCCACGAGCUAACCCUAGUGCUUUUCUCUAAAACUAACAAUUUCAAGGUUUUUGCUGUUUAUCUGACUCACAGGUAUCGUAAGUUGUGGUUACCUUUCAAGGAGAGAGCAUCUCUUUUAUAAAGUUUAGUCACCUAACACUUCUGAUGAAGC